CGGUGCCCGUGGGCGCCGGGCGCCGGGGCUGCUCGGUGCCGCUGCCCGCCGGGCGGAGCGGGGCCCUCAGCCGAGCGCGGCGGGCGCGUCCGGCAGGAUGGCGGGGACCCGCUGCCAGGCGCUGUACCCCUUCUCCGGGGAGCGGCACCGGCAGGGGCUGCGCUUCGCGGCGGGUGAGCUGAUCACGGUGCUGCAGGUGCCAGACGGCGGCUGGUGGGAAGGGCAGAAGGAGGACGGGCUGCGCGGCUGGUUCCCGGCCAGCUACGUCCAGCUGCUGGAGCAGAAACCCCGAAAGGCGACGCCUCAGCCAGGAGAAGACACCUUGAAUGGCCACCUUCCCCCCGGCUGGCAGAGCUACAUGUCUCCCCAGGGUCGCAGGUACUACGUGAACACCUUCACAAAUGAAACGACGUGGGAGCGGCCGAGCAGUGUGCCUGGCACUCCCAAGAGCCCUGUGUCACAGAAGAGUUCUGCAGUGAAUGGCUACUACAUCUCUGGGUCCCCAGUGCACCAGCUCGACUCAGGUCAUACCAGCCUCCGAAAAACCAGUGGGGACCCCCAGAGCCCGGGCUCCCCGGCGGCGCCGCGGCGGCAGAGCAAGGAGAGCAGCCUGACGAUCAACUGUGUGACUUUCCCCCACCCUGACGUAAUGCCAGAGCAGCAGUUGCUGAAACCUUCAGAGUGGAGCUACUGUGAUUAUUUCUGGGCAGAUAAGAAGGACUCACAAGGGAACAAUACAGUGUCUGGAUUUGAAAUUCUUCUUCAAAAGCAACUUAAAGGGAAACAAAUGCAGAAAGAAAUGGCAGAGUUUGUUCGAGAAAGGAUAAAGAUUGAGGAGGAAUAUGCUAAGAACCUGUCCAAACUGUCUCAGAAUUCCUUGGCUGCUCAGGAAGAAGGCACACUGGGAGAAGCUUGGGCUCAGCUCAAGAAGAGUUUAGCUGAUGAAGCAGAGGUUCAUCUCAAAUUUUCUUCUAAGCUGCAGAGUGAGGUAGAGAAACCCCUGCUGAACUUCAGAGAGAACUUCAAGAAGGACAUGAAGAAGUGCGACCACCACAUCGCGGACCUGCGGAAGCACCUGGCCAGCCGCUACUCGGCCGUGGAAAAGGCCAGGAAAGCCUUGACAGAGAGGCAGAAGGAUCUGGAAAUGAAAACACAGCAGCUAGAGGUGAAACUCAGCAACAAGACAGAAGAGGAAAUCAAGAAGGCCAGAAGGAAGUCCACCCAGGCAGGGGAUGACCUGAUGCGCUGUGUGGAUCUUUACAAUCAAGCCCAGUCCAAGUGGUUUGAGGAGAUGGUGACCACCACUCUGGAGCUUGAGAGACUAGAAGUUGAAAGGGUGGAGAUGAUUCGGCAGCAUCUGUGCCAGUACACACAGCUGCGGCACGAGACAGACAUGUUCAACCAAAGUACAGUAGAACUUGUGGAUCAGUUGCUUCGGAAAGUGGAUCCUGCCAAAGACAGGGAACUGUGGGUAAAAGAGCACAAAACUGGAGAUAUCCGACCUGUGGACAUGGAAAUAUAGACUGAUCUAUAGUUGGAUGUGAUGAUCCACUGAAUUAAGCAGGCUAAUGUUUGUUUUAAGGGUCAGAAGAGCAUAGGGAAGAGGUUGUUUCACUACCAGACAGACACCUUGUAAUUUAUGCCUGUAUGGGCUAUCUCUGUUCCAUUUAGUCAUUACAAUGGUCCUCGUUGUGCUAAGCCUUAAGCACCAGACAUUCCAGGGUGAAAAAAACAGAUGUGUGCUUCCCACCAGAGGUUCCCAAUUGCACGCAGCUUCCAGGAGAAAUCUGCUUCCUGGCACAGAAAGUGCUCUGUUCUUCAGUGACUUUGUGCUCCACCCCUUGCAUGACUAUCUCUAUAGGGUAUGUUAGAACAGCCACGCAGAGAGCCUCUGGCCAGCAAGGAGAUAACUGAGGAGGAGGCAAGGAAGUCCUGAUCAUGAAUCCCAAGUCUAUCACUGACUGCUCUCAUGGCCAUAGGCAAGUCAAUUAACUUUCCUGGCUCCCCCAUUUAUAAAAUCUGUGUAUCUUGCAGCAAUGUUGUGUGAAUACAUUGCUUUCAUAUAACACUGCUUUCACCAUGGCAGUGAAGUGAUGGCCCUUCUCCCAAAAUCUAUGGAGAAGAUUCCUGUUCUUCCUGUUUUAUACUCCCUCUCAGGGAUACAUAAACCCAUUUUCAUGAUUUCUGUUGUCAGCCAGUCGAUAAGUUUGAAAGUGUUACCAUCACAAUUUUUUAUCAGGAAAGACUUGGUUGUACUAUACCUACCUCAUUCACUGUCAGAGUGCCCUCAGUGACAGAAGGAGGUCAUAUUCCAAGGAAUAAAUGAGAUGCUCAAAAUCCUUCCUGCUUAUGCAAGAUGUUUUUCCAUAGACUCUCCUUAAAAACAGUCCUUUAAUAGUUUACUUGGGAUUCAGGUUUAAAUUUCCUUUGUUGGUUUCUUCAGGUGAAUAUCACAGGCUUUAGGUAUUUUUAAUUACCGGGUUUGUCCCGCUGAAUUUUGGCUUUUAUCUUUUUGGAGCCUGAUUUUCAAAGGUGCAUUUUCAAAGGUGCCAUGAAUAUGUGAUGCUAGAUUGCAUUCAGUGUAGAUGUAGGUGCCCAGCACUUCUGUACCAUCAGAGUCUUAACCUGAGUUUUUUUAUGUUACCCUUACUGCAAACCACCAAAAAUGCAACGCUGCUCUUAGCAAAUAGUGUUAUAUAGUUUGGAGACUGGUUUUGAAAAGGUAUUUAUUUUCUUCUGCUGUUAUUUCUGAUUGAGUAUUCAGUGUUGCUGUUAAUAUAUUUUUUCAGCAUUCCAUACAAUGCAAAGAUUCUUCAGAUUCUUGCUUUAGAUCCAGGAGAAAUCUUGAUUCUCACCACUGUGGCCUUUACUCAGUGUUUACUGUGGUCUUAGCUACAAUAUCCCAAACCAUACUAUUUUAUUUGAUCCACAGUUUUGCUCCAUUUUAUCUCACUGUUACUGUCUUUUUCUCCCCAGCCCCAGAACUGCAUCCUUCUUUUGUUCCACUGCUGUUCCAGGUCUUUGUUCACCAUCCCUUCAAAUGCUGUGAUUAGAUCAUUGGGAAUCAAUAUUCCUCUUUACAAAUACAAACUGGGACACAGAAAAGUCUUACCUGAAGCAUUUUUAUGACAUUGCUGCAGUAGUUAUUUUUUUUGGUUUAUUAUUUCAAACCAAAUUCUGUUGCAUUUUUCUAUUUCUCCCUUUUUUUCAACCAUCUCUUUACUAGUGCAGGUUCAUUCCUGUCUUGCAAAUGGCUUCACAACCCACUCCUCUGCUGCUUCAUUAACCUUUGUAAGCCUUUAGCAUCCUUUGCAUGUUGGCAGUUGUGGUGUCAUGACUGCUGCAUGCUCAGGACACUGCUCCUGGUGUGACACUUGCCCUGCACCCUUGGGAAUUUGGAUUACAGUUUUAUUCUUGGUGUUGGAAGAGCACACUGUGCUGUGAGCCUCACCUAAGUUCCUGCACAGACCAUUGCAGCACCAGUCAAAGUGUUUGGUUUGCCUGAGUGUCCUUGAGCUUAGUGAGACCCUCCCUGGGAUCCUCUUCUCCUUCCCUUCUUCCCUCAAGCAGGGCAGUUGAUGAUCUCUCCCUUUUUUACUGAUUCACUCUCUGUCUUACUAUUUUUUGGCCAUGUCAGUGUAUACUUCUCCUAAUUCUUACCUUGCACUUCAGAGGACAGGCACUUUUUUAGUUUUUAAGCCACAAGUGCAGGUUGAGCUUUUAAAACUUCAGUGGCCAAAAUAAUGUGAAUAUAUGAAAGCUGCAUUUCAGGUUGCCUCCUGUUCUAGGCAGACUUGUAAAUUGAAAUGAGCAAUCUUGAAAAUGCCUCAGCACAUUCUUGUUUUGAUUGCAAAACAAAGCUAGUUGUGCACUUUAUACAGUAUUCUCCUUAAUAAAUACCUAAAAUAAUCUAUUAGCAAUUACACUUUAUUUUUCCUCUCGCUUUAAAGAUGUUUGUCACUUUACAUAUUUUGGACAGGAUAUACUGUCCAUUAGCACAGGUUUCUCUGGGGACUGUAAUGUGUUUUGGUUCCUCUGCUAAGGUGUAUUAAUGCUGCUCUAAAUUCUUAGUUGGGCUUUUGUUGUUGUUGUUUUUGUUUGUUUGGGGGCGUUUUGGGGUUUUUUUUACUUUUGAUUUUAUUUCCAGACAGUUUUCUGCUUCUAGUUCUUGGUCCAUUUGAAAUUUUCAGGGAUGUGAGUUGCCCAGAACAGUAAUUCUCUUGGUGGAGUCUGUAUCUCUUUUUCACUUCAAUAACCAGAGGAGAGCACAGGUACCUGGCUGUUGGUCUUUCCCAGCCCCAGGAGACUCUGGGUUCUGCUCCAUGGCAGGUGAGAUGCUUCAUCCACAGCAUCUCCAUCUGUAUUCAAUGCAAGUUUUGCUGUAAACAGUUUUCAGCUCAUCUCUUUCAAGAGGUGGUAUUCCUUCUUGAUAUGAUGCUGCAGAUCAGUGUUACCUGGCUCAUUCCCUUCUCUGACUGAUGGAUUUUGGAUAGUGUGAUGCCUUACAGGUCAGGGCAUGCUGGAGUUCCCUUGUUUCUAGCAAGCAGCAUCCUCCAGGAGGGUAGUGGCACUUUUAAAGGAGAGCAUGGGUUCCUGCUCUCACAGGUAACUUUGGGAGUUUCAGCAUUGCUCUGUUUGCCUUCCACUGAGUCUCAAAAAUGCAGUGGAACCCUGUUUGUCUGCAUGCUUAUCCUAAAGAGGACAAGAUCAAACUUGGUGUUUUAUUAAGGCACUAGCAUGUGUGGGUGCUGCAUGAUGCUGCUGCAGUGUAACUGACUCAUGGAAUACCAAAAUAAGUCUCUUACCUCCAGUACUGAGCAUCACCUCAAUUCAUCUGGCAGCUCACAUGCCUGGUGUGAGCUUUGGCUGGUUUAGUCACUGUGGGGAUCAGAUUGACAGUUAUCUCACAUCUCUGUGUGCUCUGAGGUCACAGAGCAGGUCACUUCUCAAUUAACACUGUUUGCUUUCACUGGCAGAGGUAGAACAAGGGGGAAUUUUCCUCUGGUCCUUAGCUCUGCUUACCCAGAUCUGUUAAGCCAACCAAUGUUUUGGGAGUGCUGCCACACCUGUGAGCUCCCUCUUGGUCUGAGAGAUGCUGUCGCACACUUGUCCUGUGCUGGAGGGCUCUCUGGAGAUCUCCAUUUCAGCCAGAGCCUUUUGGCCCUUCUCCUAGCAAAAGGGCUUCCUGAAUUCCCUGGCUUCAGAUCUGCUGGGUGUCCUGACACCCAGCAGUGCCAGACCUGGUGAGGUGCUGCUGCACCUUCAGCUGCCAUGCAGAAUGAGAACUUUUUAUUCAUCAUCCAGACCUUCCUGCCUGUGUCUUCAAAGCACAGCUGAAAAUCUUUCUGAGUAAUUCUUUCAGCUCUUUUCCAACCAGUGCUGUUGGCUGUUUAUGAGCUGCAAGCAUUGAGACUUUUACCACAUGGGCCAAAUGCACUCUUCUCCCAUUAGCAGGAAGAUUCCAGUUUCUUUCUUGGAGCAAUAUCCCCAAAAGGCCUGAUUGUCAGUUUGCCAACCUGCUCCAGAUUCAGUCAUGUCUGUAACUCACACUUGUUCAUCACUUCUGUGGGUUGGACAUCUUUUGAAAGACUUUGGUUGCUCCCUCAUAGGGACGUUAGUUCAUUAUUGGACACUGGAAUUGUAGAAGAUAGCUUUAUUUUUUAUUUUUUUUAAAUUUUAAAAUAAUGUAAAAGCAGUAAAAAUCAUACAGAAAUCGCUGUUAUGUUUCUAGACUCCCUUUCCCCCUGUGCAGCCCCUUCUGAGCUGCUGGGGACAGCUGUGCUCCCCCUUGUAGCACAGGUAAACACUGAAAUCACACUUCCUUGAGUGCCUGGCAGGCAGCAUGCAAACUUGUGCACUGCUUCUUUUUCCCUUUAUGCAGCUUUUUUUUUUCUUUGGUUUGGUUGGAUAUAUUUUUUUCCUCCUAACAGUAAUUUUCUGUGAGGCAUUCACAGCUAACUUCCAUAUGCUUCUAGCAGUCAUAGUUUCUCAGGCUUUGUUAGAAGUUUCUAGAAUUGUCCCUGGUUUUAGUGUCAUUAUUUAAAUACUGGCUGCAAGUUUUUGUUAUAUAGAAAUGGACAUUCUUCACCUCUUCUUUGGAAGUGCUUAGCAUUAAGAGAUUUCUUGGAAUAUAACAGGGAGCUAAGACUCUUUGAAAAUCAGGCUAACAAACAGAAAUGCACAAACUUAUUUUUUCACCAGUUGUACUCAAGUACGUGGAUAAAGUAAAUAUUAAGAAAUGAGAAAUAAUUAACAUGUAGUUGCUCUCUGUGCAGCUCCCAGGAGCUCCAUUUGUUGUGUGGGGCUGCACUCAGAGCACACCUCUGGAGUGUGGACCCACAGAUCACCUACUGAUGCAGCUGUAAAAACUCAAAUCCACAAUUCAGUGACAAAGUGGCUCUGCCCAUCCAUUUCUUCAGUCACACACAGGGAGAGAAAGGGCACUGCUUACCCAGGUGGGUCCUUCACUACCAAGCACCUUAAGAAAUCCAGACAAGCACUUUGAAGGUCCCCCUGGAAUGAGUAGAUGUGGCUUCUUGAUGUGAUUAUUUGGUGUUUCCCUCUGAACUGAAAACAGAUUGGCUGUUUCACAGUAUCUUGUGUGCUCUUUAGUGCAGCCUGCUGUGCCUGUUCCCAGAGAUGGCAGCAGACUCCAGUGUCCUGAGGGCAGUCCUGGCCAUCCCUCCCAUUUGGCAAUUGCAUCUUCAAAAGGCAGUGUCAAAAAGGCAGUGUUCAAAAUAAUGAGCUUUUCAGUUCACAGACCUCUGGGAAGCCUGCAGGCUUCCCAGUGUGUGUUGAAAUAGAGUGGCAGGGCAGAGGUUGCUGAAGCAUUGGCUCUGAGGAGUUCCUGCUGUGGGGACAGUCCUGCCAUCCUCACAGGGUGGGGAGCAGCCCACAGGUGUCCUGUGAGCACACAGCUGGUCACAUUUCCCUUAACAGGUGGGCAGGAGUCACAGAUAAAUUCAGAUUAAAGCAGGCACAGGGCAGGAAGGUGGUUGCCUCAGUGCAUCUCUCAGACCUGAUGGUGUUGAGUGAUGGUGAGUAAGGGGCCAGCAUUGUCCCUUGUGCAUCAGUGCUGAGAUGUGUCUGUUGCUGCUGCAGAGGUGCCAGUGCUGCAGGGUCUGCCCCUGGCCCAGGGCAGCACACUGCCCUGCCCCAGCACUGUGGCAAUGAAGCCUUUCCUGGCAGCAAAUCCUGGUCUUUUCCUGACAAGCACUGUUGUAAAGUAACACCCAUUGCUUUGUCUUACAGUAGAUUUUAUUCAUAUGAGUGGUGCAUCUUUCAACUCUUUAUUUUUCCCUCUCUGUUGUUGCUGUAGCCAGCCCUUCAUCAGUGCAGUACACCACUUUUCAGGACCUUUAAUUUUGAAAUUUCAUAAAACAUGUCUGUUACUUCAAUGUGCUGACCAAACUUCCUGCUUUUGAGUGUUUUCUGAGAGUUUAAGAGCUUUUUUGAGAGCUUAUUUUGGGUUUUAUUUUGGAUUUUUUUAAUCAGCCACCAGGUUUGGAAGUAUAAUAACUUCUUUUUGUGAAAGCCACAGUUUCUUUUUUCUUCCUGGACUUUUUUUCUGAAGGGACCAACACAUAGCACAAUUCAACUUAAAUUUCUAAUCCCAUGCAUUCCUCAAGGCAGAAACCUUUUGUGCCUAAUGAUGCAUCUGAGUCUAGGAACUGUAUGUGCAUAAAAUCUUUCAUAGACCAAUUAAAAAAAAAAAAAGUCUUAGAUUAACCACAUAAUAAUCACAGGAAAAAAAAAUAAAAACACGUAUAGAUUUGAGACAUUCAAAUUUAAUUCCCUCAACUUACAUUAAGUUGAAUUAUUUCAGGUGUGUCAUAAAAGACAAACUCAGUGGAUAUUCAGAACAAAAGCUUUCCAGCUGCUCUAUCCAGGUUCAGUGAGUGGACAGGACUAUAAUUUUGAAUAUAUGCAGUCUUUUAGGGCUACUGAUUUAACAAGUAACUGAGUAAUGGCUUGUAUCACAACCCUAUUAAAAUUCUGCUAAUAGACCCCCUUGAAGUGCCUCUUUGAAUAGUAUCUGCUACAAGCAUGGGAAAAAUACACAGAUUCACCCUGCAAAUUGCCAAAUCUCAGCAGCAGCCACUGUGCACAGAUCUGUGCAGGAUUCUCAGCCCUUCCUUGCUCUGAGCUGUGCCCCCUUUUAGGACACCCACACCUCCAGGGGACCUGCCUCUGGCUCUGAUGAUUUGCUGUCCAGUUCAGGCACCUGAAGUUCUCAAUGCUGAAAAUGGAAUAGAAAAAAUUAGACUUAAAAGCAACUGCAUUGAAGCUAAACUUUGGACCCAUCCUUGGUCUCAGUAGAAUAAGCAGGGAAUUCUGCAUAAAGAGAGUAUGCAGUGAUGAUUUAGCAUAAAAGAGUUGUUACACUUUAUUGCAUAAAAUUAAUAAAUAAUAAUGAUAGUAAUAAUAAUAAUAAUAAUAAAGGUCCACAGCCUAUUUUUUACAGCAGUUGCAGAGAAGAAAUAUUCUGGUCUUGGAACUUAAAAGUUGAAUGUGAUUUCAGGGAUCUCACAUCUGCUAAUAUAAUAAUCAAAGUCAUGUUAAUCCCAGAUUUUGGGAAUGGUUGACCUGAAAUCCCAUGUCCCUUUGGAGUUUUUUGAUGAAAUGGCUGAGAUUAUCAGAAUAGCCUGAGGAAUUUGGGUGUCCAUGUACUUUUAGGUGAAAAAGACUCUUUAGGGACAGCAGCCUCUAUCCAUUAUGAAACCAGCAGGUACUAGUGUUGGGCAAAAAUACUUUCUUCUCCUUAGAUGAUUUCCUUGUUUUCUGCAACACAAGACAUGUGAGAAUUCCACUGGGCAGUUCUGCAGACACUGCAGCAGUAGGGAUUCACAGGCAGGCCAGGUUACCAGUGAUACACUAAACCAGAGUUUUCUACCAAAAUAAAGUUGCUUAUUUGGUCCUUUUUGUGUAAGUUUUCCUAAAUACUUCUAAAUUUCUAGGAAAGUUGUCUUUUGCCAGUACUAAUGACUUGUUUUUAAAGAUGCUUAACCAAAUUUUUAUAACUUCCCAUAAAUUUUGGCUGACUAGACCCCUUAAAUAGUUUAUUGAUCAUACAGCCUCUGUCUGGAUUACUAGUAAAUCUUGGAUCAUUGUGGAAAUUUUAGGAUGGCUUUUGUUCCCUAAGGAUAGAUGAAGGAAUCACUUACUGAACUUAAGUUGAAUGAAGAAAAGAUUUAAGGGGCAGAUCUUCAGCUUGGGUAAACUGGCAGGGUUCAGUGGAAGCUACUUGAUGUCAGCUGUGGAUCUUGUCCUUCAGUGUUGAAGGCAUUUCCUAUAUGUAAUUUUUCUGUCUUACUGUAAAACAAUUUCAUAUGGUUAAACUGUAUUUUCCUAUAUUGUUCUGCAAGUUUAUAUACACCAUAGUGCUCAUCUCAUCUCCUGUAAAAUAAACUGUACAGAGACACAUUGAGCAUGGAA